UUUUUUCAUCUUUGCAACUGCACUAUGGCCAAAUGCAUAGGCAAUAACCAAGUUGAAAUAGUUCCAUAUGAAUGUAAGCCUAUUAGGAACAUAACUUGCAGCAAUGGAAAGAAACCAGUUCUCGUGUAUGAUGAGUACCAGUGCUGUCAACAAUAUGCUUGUGACUGUGAAUGUGAAGGAUGGGGAGAUCCUCAUUACAUUACCUUUGAUGGUUUUUACUACAGUUAUCAAGGAAACUGUACUUAUGUUUUAAUGGAAGAAAUUGAAUUAAAGUAUCACUUAAGGGUUUACAUUGAUAAUGUGAUUUGUGAUCCCAAUGAAGAUGCUUCCUGUCCUCGAUCUAUUAUUAUUUCUUAUGGAUCACAUGUUUUCAAUUUGACGAAUCAUAACCUAAUUGGAAGAGCAGAUUUGGAGGCACUGAAAAAUGGAAUACGUCUGAAACUACCUUAUUCACAGUAUGGUGUUAAGAUCACGAAUUCAGGCUUUGACUUGGUUUUGGAGAUUCCAUUACUAGAAGUGGUCAUUACAUUCGGAAGAACUGGCUUCAGUGUUAAUCUUCCAUAUAAAUAUUUUGGCAAAAACACCCAGGGUCAUUGUGGAACAUGCAACAAUAACCAGACUGAUGACUGCAUGUUACCUGGAGGUCGGCUGGUAGAAAGUUGUGCAGUGAUGGCUGACCACUGGCCUGCAAAAGAUAUUGGCCAACGUAAAUGUACUAUACCGCCUGCCAUACCUCCAAGUGUGACUGCCAUAACUCAAUGCAAGAAACACUCCAUGUGUGAGCUGCUUAAGAGCAGUCUCUUUGCAGAGUGCCAUCCUAUUAUCUCUCCAGAGAAUUUCUACAGAGGUUGCAUUUUUGAUAGCUGCUAUAUUGAAAAAAAUGAAGUGCUAUGCGCAAGUUUGCAGACUUAUGCAUCAGCCUGUGCUCAGGCUGGAGUUUGCAUUUACUGGAGGAACCACACCCAAACAGAAAAGUGGUGUGCCAUAGACUGCCCAUCAAGCCAAGUUUACAAGCCUUGUGGUCCUGCGGAUAGGCCAACCUGUGAAGACACUCCUUACGAACCCAACCUGAACUUCACUACUGAGGGCUGCUUUUGUCCUGAAGGAAUGAAACUUUUCAGCAAAGAGUCCAACAUAUGUGUGAAAACAUGUGGUUGUCUUGACCCUGAGGGUAAUUCUCGUGAGUUCAAUGAAAGAUUUGAGCUCAAAUGCCAGAACUGCACCUGUGAAGAAUCCACAAAGACUGUGACUUGCAAGCCUAAGGAGUGCCCUAAACCAAACGUAACAGAAUGCUCUGAUGAUGGAUUUGUCCUCAUCAACCAAACUGAUCCAUCAGAUCCCUGCUGCUCUACCCCUGUUUGCCAGUGUAAACCUGGCAGUUGCCCAGACAUACAUGUGACAUGUUCGAUUGGAGAAAAGCCAGUUGUCAGUGUUCCCAAGGGAAAAUGCUGUUCAGAACUUAAAUGCGAGCCUAAAAAUGUUUGUGUUCGCAAUGGGAUUGAGUACCAGCCUGGUUCUUCAGUUCCUGGGUCUGUAUGUCAGGAGUGUACCUGUGUGGCUGAACAAAAUUCUACUGUAUUCAAAAUAAGCUGUAAGGAUCAGAAAUGUAACAAAUCUCGUGUUGUCAAUAUUAACGGAGCCAAGCAACUCUUGUCUCAAGGAGAAACCUGGUCACCAACUGAGAAUAGGUGUGAUGAGUAUACCUGUGUUAAGAAUGGUGAGAUUUUAACAACAAGCACUUCACACACAGUCUGCCCAGUAUUCAAUGAGAGCAGCUGUCAACCUGGCACAAUUCAAACUGCAGCAAACGGCUGUUGUAAAAUUUGUGUGGAGAAGGAGAAGGCAUGCAAGUUCAUGUCCAUGAAAACCAAUAUUACACACAACAACUGUACGUCUGCCCAGGAGGUAGAUAUGCCGUAUUGUGAAGGAUCCUGCAACACUUACACCAUGUACUCUAAAGCAGCAGCAGCUAUGCAGCAUUCUUGCUCCUGCUGUAAGGAGACACGCUUCAGCAAUCACACUGUAGACCUGGUCUGCCCAAAUGGAGACACGGUCCCCUACACGUACAUGUAUGUGGAGGAGUGUGGUUGUACCAACACAGAGUGCACCGCAGCUGCUGGACAACAUAUUCGCAGGAAGCGAAACUUCACACUGCUGUGA